AAGCGAAACUUCCCGGUCUAUCAACUUCUCUGUUUGGUAUAUGCCAUACGCCCUGUAAAGAUAAGCGAUAUAUUUACAUUGAGAUAAAAAAGUUGAUAAACCAUAAUUAUUUGAUCAUAAUAAUACAUUCGAAUAUAAAAAUAAAUUUAUUAAUCUAAAAAGUAAAUAGAAAAAAAAAUGAAGAUACAUAUGUUUUAUUGUAAGCUUUUAGCUACAAUCUCAUUAUGUGUAAUAUUACAUAACAUCAGGUUUAUCAAUGCAUUAGAAAAAAUUAUAAUAGAUACAGAUGCUGGGGCAGAUGAUGCAGUAGCUAUAUUUUUAAUUCUUAAAUCUACAAAUAAUAUUUUAGCAAUUACUUGCUCUUAUGGAAAUACAUAUGUGGAAAAUGUAGUUAUUAAUGUACUUAAAAUUUUAACCAUUGCCAAUAGAAGUGAUAUACCGGUAUAUAAAGGAGCACAAAAAGCAUUAAUAAAUGAAUAUAAAUAUAAUGAUUUUUUUGGUUCUGAUGGUCUUGGAGAUUUUAAUUUUACCGAAAAUAUAAUUGCUAAAGUAGAUGAAAGUAAACAUGCAGCUGUAGCUCUCAUAGACAUAGUAAAACAAUAUCCAAAUCAAAUAAGUUUAUUAAGUAUUGGUCCAUCAACAAAUAUUGCCACAGCAAUUGCAUUGGAACCUUUAUUUUUAAAGUACUUAAAAAAUCACAUUAUAUUAGGUUCCAGUAUUUCUGGAAUUGGUAAUAUUCUACCUAAUGUUGAAUUUAAUUUUUAUCAAGAUCCAGAAAGUAAUUAUAUGAUUUUGAAUAAAACCACUACAACUAUUUUAUUUCCAUGGGAAACAGCAAUUCAAAGUUAUAUAUCUAUGGAUUGGCGUAAAAAUGUAUUGGGAAAAAUAAAUUCUACUAUUAUAAAUUUUUUAAAUAAAGCGGAACGAAUAAAUAUGUCCAUCUCUAAUUCAUGGAGUGCUUCUGAUGCAAUGGCUGCUGCAACUAUGUUAUGGCCACAACUUAUAAUAAAAUCCAUAGAAACCAAUGUACAACCUGUAAUCGACGGACUCGCAAGAGGAGAUUGGAUCGCAGAUGGAGUGCAAUCUGUAGACAUGCGAAGUUUCCUUGAUUCUGUAGUUAUAACAAAUAAAAGUAUUGUAAGGAGAAUUCGCGUGUCUCCCUAUGAAAUAUAUAAAACGCAUUGGCGUAAUGAUCCCGAAAUACAAAAACAUUAUUGGGCAGCAUCUUUUCUUUUACCCAUUGGAACAAUUUUUAUUCUUGCUUUGAUAGUUCUUUUAAUGGUUUUGUUCAAAAGAUGUCCACAAAUGAUUGCCGCGAUUGUCACAUCAAUUCUUGGUGUGAUUAUUAUAUUUACAGUACUGGUAUCAAUUAAUCAUGCUCCAAUUUACGCUUGAUAUUUUCUAAUAUUUCUUCUUACAAAAU